UCGUUUUUGUUCGCCGCGCAACUCCAGGAAGCGAUUAGAGAAAACGAAUCCCCCGAGCCAGAGGACGAGGAGAAAGAGAAAUCCCUAAACGAGCAGAUCCAGGGUUAGGGUUUUACCACACCCCAACAAUGGCGGGCGCCGGCAUGCACCCCUACCACCAGCAGUGGGUGCCUCCACCCGCUCCAGCUGUCGCGCCUCCCGUCCCCGUCGAUACCCCCAACCGCCCUCCCGCGGACGAGAUUCGGACGGUCUUCAUCACGGGCCUCCCCGGGGACGUGAAGGAGAGGGAGCUCCACAACCUGCUGAGGUGGUUGCCGGGCUUCGAGGCGUCACAGAUCAACUUCAAGGUGGAGCAGCCCAUGGGGUUCGCCCUCUUCUCCACGGCGCAGCAUGCCAUGGCCGCCAAAGACGCGCUUCAGGACUUGGAGUUUGACGUUGAGACGAAGUCCGCCCUCCACACAGAGAUGGCAAAGAAGAACCUUUUUGUCAAAAGAGGUGUGGCAUCUGAGUCGAGUUCAAUCGAUCAAAGUAAACGUCUACGGACUGGUGGAGAUUAUACUCAUGCAGGCUAUGCAGCUCCACCAUUUCAUCCACAACCAACUCCUGUUUGGGGAAAUCCAGGUGGCUAUAUUGCCCCACAUCCACCUCCACCAUAUGACCCAUAUGGAGGUUAUCAAGUACCUCAGGUAGCCAUGACCACCCCUCCUCUCCUGCCAGCAUCCAGUCGUUAUGCCCCCGUUCAGAAUAAUAAAGAUAAUCCUCCAUGCAAUACUCUCUUCAUUGGAAAUCUUGGUGAAAAUGUAAAUGAGGAAGAAGUCAGAGGCCUUUUCAGUGUUCAACCUGGUUUCAAGCAAAUGAAAAUCUUGCGGCAGGAGAGAAAUACAGUUUGCUUCAUUGAGUUUGAGGAUCUGAAUAGUGCUACGACUGUUCAUCAGAAUCUGCAGGGUGCGGUUCUUACUAGUUCUGGCCGCGGUGGCAUGCGAAUUCAAUUUUCAAAGAACCCUUUUGGGCGACGGAAGGACUUCAUCAAUGGUGCUGCAUCGGAACCUAACGGAGCUCCUACUUACCAGCAGUGACACAAAGGGAUGUAUUUUUGCUCUCUUUGCUCAAUCAUGAAGAUUAUGGAACAGGAAUGGAUUGCAUCAUGGAAAUUACACAAAAGUUAUCAUCAGCAUCCUUGUGUGAAUGAACCUGGUGAUCAUGAGUGUCAUUAUCAUCUUUCGCAAUGCACGAGUUCUCAAAAGGCAUCAUGAUCUGUUGGUAAUUGUGCAUUGGCAUCAUCAACAUGGAUAAUUGUUCAUUUAUAUGCUGUUUACAUUGUUCAGUAUGAUCUGCUAUUUUAUUA